CAUUCACGUCAUUGUGAGUGUGUUUAAAGAUUUUGAUAAAACUUCGAAGUCAUUGGAGAUUUUUGAAAUGAAUUCGUCUGUUUUGGUUGGCCAUGUUGUCUCUGUGAUGGUCAGGCCACCGGUGGCAGCCCUUCUCUCUACCCCCAUCUUACUGGAAAUACAGACGGAGAAAGGUAACAGCACUAGCGUUAAGUCACGUAGCUGUGUAUACCUGGAUACUAAUUCCUUAGAUGCAACCUGGAGAACAGACGGCUGCAGAGUGCAUGCGUUCAACACAACCCACACCACGUGUGCAUGCAGUCACUUGACCAACUUUGCCGUUCUCAUGCAAGUAACACAUAUUCAACUUUCACAGGCCGCCCGAGUGUCGCUGGAGGUGCUCACAGUGAUGGGAUGCACAGUGUCCAUCGCCGCCCUGUCCUUCACCAUCACCAUACACAUCUGGCUCAGGAUGUGGUCUCAAAGGAUUUUGCUGCUGUUAAACCUCUCUGGAGCACUGGCGGUGGCGCAGAUCGUCUUUCUAGCAGGAGUGGAUGCCACCAAUAACAGGGCCACCUGCCAGGCGAUCGCCAUCCUCCUCCACUAUCUCUACCUGUCGGUGUUCAGCCUGAUGCUUGUGGAGGGAAUCCAGCUCAACAUUAAGAUGUACCUGGUCUUCAGACGUGAUGGCAAGCUCUUGCCUUUCAUUGUAGCCGCAUGGAGUCUGCCUCUCCUCAUCGUUGGCUUGUCUGUUGGACUUGAUGUCAAUGGAUAUGGCACUUCAUUCAGCUGCUGGCUGUCUGUAGAAGAGGGGACUAUUUGGGCGUUUGUUGGACCAGUUCUGGUCAUUGUUGGAUUCAACGUGUUUGUGUUGGGGCUAGUCAUCAAAACCUUCCUCAAGCUGAAGAUCAAUGCGAAGAAAACAGAAUGUCAGAAACUGAUUUCCAGUGUAAAAGCUACAGCGGUGCUUCUGCCUUUGCUUGGCAUCACGUGGACAUUCGGCAUUCUGGCCCUCAACAGUAACACUCUGGCCUUCCAGUACCUGUUUGCUCUUCUCAACGCAUUCCAGGGACUGUUUAUUUUUCUGUCCAACGUGGUGUAUAACGACGAGGUGAAAGUAGCGUACUGGAAGAGGCGUGGCCGCGUGCAGACCGUGCAGUCCGUGCACACCCACUCCACAGCCACAGUCUCCAUCACCGAGGCCAGACGGAAGGUAUUUGCUGGAUUCCUUUCGACGCACAUAUAAUACCAAGUUACAGGAGUAUAAACAUUGUCAGUGUGAAUUUCAUGUCGUCACUCCAAAUACUGAUGAUUUUGGACAAUAAACUAAGCAUAUACUUAGUAAUAUCAUUUUUCAUUGGUGUCUUUGCAGCUGUCCUUUUUCAUGAAUAAAUUGUUUGAAAUG